CACUUCACUAACAUCUCAGAAAAUGACGGCAAUACAUCGUAGUGCCACCGUUCUCCUGCUGGCGCUGCUGUGCUUCUCUGUCGCGGGUCAAGAUGCUGGGGGCGACACGAAGGCAGCCAAGGAGCCCAAGAGUGAAGGUGAAGUAGAGGCGAAGGGGAAUGACACCACUACCACCACUAACAUUGCCAUCACCGGAAAGAACAACAACAGCAAAAGCAACGACAACAAAGGCAAAACUGGCGACGGGAGUGCUGAUGACCAAGGCGGCAAGUUUUUCGUGAACCGAGCGGCAUCCACCACCACCUGGACCUUCCUCUCCUCCUUCACCUCCAUCGUGCCCUACACCUGCUACACCACCGGUAUGGGCGAUGUUAUGGCAUGCAUGGGCCGGCGACUAAGACGUUCACGGAAGAUGGCAACGGACUGGGAGAUGAACCUGGACUCGACGCGUCUAUACGGCAGCAACGUGGAGGAGGAGGAGGAGGAGGAAGAGCCGCUCGAGUCCGACAGAGUUUCAAAGGAGGGCAAGUUCUUCUUCAGGAUUUGGAGCACCAUAAGCACCACCGCCACCAUCACCACCUUUUCCACUAACCGCUCCGUCACCAUCUCUGUGUCGAUCUUGUGUACCUACCCCGGUAUCACGUACAAUACUUGCUAGUGUGCGUGUGUGUGUACGUGUACGUGCUCAUGUAUGCGUCUGUUUUCACGUGUACAUGUGUCACGUGCACUGAAGCUUGCUGGUUGUCUAUUCUUACUACUACUACUACUACUACUACUACUACUACUACUACUACUACUACUACUACUACUACUACUACAACUAUGAAAAACUUCUAAACUUUAUCUCAUUUCUCAUAAUACUCCCUUUCCUCUUUUUCCUCUCAUCUCUCCAUUCUUUCCUCCUUCCCUCCUUCCUCUUCCCUCCACCACUAUACCCUUUCCUUCACUUUCCCUUCUUCAUCAUCAUCCUUUUCUAUUCCCUUCACUUCCCUUGACACAAACAGCCUCCCGCGUGGCAAGAGGUCUGCUGCUGUUGCUUCCUCCUUCGUGUUCCCUCCAGCAAGCCUCACUGAAUAUGUCCGCUUGUCACCACGGCCUCCGGAACGACCUGUUGUUAUUAUAGUUGUUGUUUAUAUUGUAAUUACAUAACUGACCCCUGUAAAUACACGUGUUAAGACUUG